CAUUUUGCGAGUGGAACAAAAUUCAUAAAAAGCCGUCUAUUUCCCCGAAAAGUCUUGUUAACUAUUGUUCGAAACCUGCUCGGAAUAUCUAACUAGCCAAAAUGGUUCUGGAAAGUACAAUGAUGUGCUUCGACAACAGCGAUUACCAGCGAAAUGGUGAUUAUUUCCCGACGCGACUGAACGCACAAAAGGAUGGCGUGAAUUUGGUAUGCUUGUCGAAGGUUCGCUCGAAUCCGGAAAACAACGUCGGUCUGAUGACGCUUUCCAAUACGACCGAAGUGUUGGCUACGUUGACCAGUGAUGUUGGUAGGAUUCUAUCGAAAUUGCACUUGGUCAAUCCAGCUGGGAAUAUUAAUUUGCUGAUCGGAUUGAGGAUCGCUCAUCUGGUCUUGAAGCAUCGUCAGGGAAAGAAUCACAAGAUGCGCAUUGUUGUCUUCGUGGGAUCUCCAGUUAAUCACGAUGAAGGCGAUCUGGUCAAGUUGGCCAAGAAGCUGAAGAAGGAGAAAGUGAACGUGGAUAUCGUCAGCUUCGGUGAUCACCAGAAGAAUAAUGAUAUAUUUACAUCAUUUAUUAACGUACUAAAUGGAAAGGACGGUACCGGAUCGCAUUUGGUUUGCGUGCCUCGCGGAUCGGCUCUGUCGGAAGCACUCAUUUCGUCUCCCAUCAUCCAAGGCGAGGAUGGAACGGGAGGAGCUGGUCUGGGAGGGGCUGGAUUUGAAUUCGGAGUUGAUCCAAAUGAAGAUCCUGAAUUGGCUCUUGCCUUGCGCGUAUCAAUGGAGGAGCAACGUCAGCGCCAGGAAGAAGAGCAACGACGUGCGCAAGGUAACACUGAAGCUGGAGCUCAGGAAGGAACGUCUUCCGGUGGUACUGCAGUGGUAAGCCAACCCAACUCGGAAGAAGCUUUGCUGGAACGUGCACUUGCUCUGUCUACGGACGAUACAAUGCCAGACUUUGCUAACAUGACCGAGGAGGAGCAGAUUGCGUUUGCCAUGCAGAUGUCGAUGCAGGAUGCCCAACAGGAAACUCCUAUUUCCCAGCCAGCCAAGCGUCAGAAGAAAGAUGAAACACCAAUGGAGGUUGACGAAGACAUCAAUGAGGUUAUCACCGAUCCGGAAUUUUUGCAGAGCGUAUUGGAGAAUUUACCGGGCGUUGAUCCGCAUUCGGAGGCCAUUCGCGAUGCCGUUGGUUCGUUGAAUAAGGACAAGAAGCAGUCUGAUAAGGAGGGAGAGAAUAAGAAGUAGAAUUGCUUUGAUAAUAUUCUUAAUCCCUAUAUUUUUUUGCUUAAGACAUUGAUUACAAUUUCAACUGAAUAAAUGUAUCGAUAGA